UCUGCGGAGUGAGAGUCGAGAGGCGGUGAUGCGAGCUCCCCACUCUUUCCUUCUUGUACAAAAUUUCCUCUUCCUUCCCGUUCGUGGUCGUAUGUCGGGCUCUAGAAUAACACGACUAACCGCCGCGUCUCUUUUACACUCGAGACAAAAAGAAACGCAAAACGGUCGCCGCCGCACAAUCGACGCGUAACAGAGGAUUUCCAAAGCGCACGACUUUGCCUUUUUGUUUCUAAAUCGGGGCUCAUCCACCGAACUUUAAAAAACAACGACAAAACGAAUAAGGCACGGAGAGAGAAAUGACUGAAUGAUCUUUCAGCGGGGCCAAGCUACUGUUGUCAGCGUUCUUCUUUAACAAAGAACAAGUAGAUGGAGCGAUGCGCGUGAGGCAGGUGUCCCUGAAGGCGCCACGGGUCCGUUUGGAUGCAGUGAGCGCCUCUUUCAGAGAGCAAAGGGGGGGACCCCACUUCCAUCAGAUGACUGGAAGCGCUGUCCGUGGUGAGCGAGGAUCAGCCCAUUUACGAGCCGCCCUACUCCGCGGCCCCGGCCAUGCACAUGAAGGCUGAGAUGACGUCGCCCGGCGGCUUCGGCCAGGCCUCCAAGCAGAGUCCCGAGCCCGCCGAGCCAGAGUGGGUGGGGUCAGCUGCGCACAACCCUGGGAAAAGAGGCGAACACGUCAAUGGCACCAGCCGCGAGUCCCCCGUGGACUGCAGCGUCACCAAACGCUCCAGACACGUGAGUAACGACGGGGCCCAGAUGCCGUACCAGGCCUCGUACACCGAGCCACGUGUCAGUCCGCAGGCCACCACCACCGUCACCACCACCCCGCCCAGCACCACGGAGGAGAAGAGGGUCAUCGUGCCAGCAGAUCCGGAGGUUUGGACACAGGACCACGUGCGCCAGUGGCUGGACUGGGCCAUCAAGGAGUACGUGCUGGAGGAGGUGGACGUCAUGCUCUUCCAAGCGCUGGACGGCAAGGCCCUGUGCAAGAUGACCAAGGACGACAUGAUGCGCCUCACGUCGGCCUACAACGCAGACAUGCUGCUCUCGCACCUCAAUUACCUACGACAGAGUAGCCCUACAUUCUCAUACUCCACAACUCCCACCAACAACACCCCCCCACCACAACAACAACAACAACAACAACAGCAACAACCCAGACUACAGGUGAAAGCAGAGAGCGGGUAUGAUGAGAUCAGCCGCAGAAACAGCUGGCCGGCAAACACCAUGACUGCAGUGACUAAAGGUUCUUCCAUGGAGCACCAGCACAGCACACGAGUUACAGAGCCUGCUCCAAGAAUUGUGCAAGACCCAUAUCAGACACUAGGGCCCAUAAGCAGUCGACUAGCCAACCCAGAAGGCCAAGCCCUCAGCUCAUCCAAGAACCGAACGGGCAAACAAAGUCCAUACAAGCUCCCUGACCCCAGCGCUCACAGGCCUGUGGGUUCAGGACAGAUCCAGCUGUGGCAGUUCCUGCUGGAGCUGCUGUCCGACAGCAACAACUCCGGCAUCAUCACCUGGGAGGGCACCAACGGCGAGUUCAAAAUGACUGACCCCGAUGAGGUGGCCAAGCGCUGGGGCGAGCGCAAGAGCAAGCCCAACAUGAACUACGACAAGCUGAGCCGCGCACUGCGCUACUACUACGACAAGAACAUCAUGACCAAGGUGCACGGCAAGCGCUAUGCCUACAAGUUUGACUUCCAAGGCAUCUCGCAGGCGCACCAGAAUCACUCGGCAGAGGGCGGGAUUGUUAAGUACCAGACUGAGAUGUCUUACGUCCAACCUUACCACAGCCACCAGCCCAAAAUGAACUUCAUGGGUGGGCACCCGGCACCUAUGCCCGUCUCCCCCGGCAACUUUUUUGGCCCCCCGACCACAUACUGGAACUCCCCCAGCAGCCCCAUCUAUCCUGGGUCUCCCAUGACCAGGCAUCCCUCCACUCACUCCCACCUGAGCUCGUACUACUGAGGGACAGGGCGCUUCGCACCCGACACGGAUCACAUGGGAGAGGAAGCCAAGAGCGCUAGAGGUCACGUUCACGUCAUUCAGGAUGUACCUGAGCUGAACCCCGUCUGAAAUGGUGAUAUGACACCACGGUCUGCUUUCCAGGGGCAUUAUGAAGUUGUCUUUUGUCAUAUUCUUUCUUAUAAAUGGACUAACCAGAGGGUAAAUUAAUUCUGUGAUGAAUGUAAAGGAUUGAUAUUGUACUCCUCCCGCCGCAGAGUUCCUUUCUGAAUACACUGAAGACAAUAUAUUAACGGUUAUACAGUUGUUAUUAUACCAAGUUGUUGGUUUUUUUUAAUUUGUACAUUGUGUGAUAGUAAACUGUUGUAAAGACAUAAGCCAUUUACUUUACUGUGAGUAGCAACAAUUGAUAGCAUAAUCGCAGGUUUCACAUUCAAUGUGACUGACAUUUGUAAAAGAGAAGUUGUACAGAAUGACCGUCAUGUAGCAGUGUAACAUUAACUCAUGAUGUAAAGCUAAUAAAUGAUGCUUGUAACUGAAAA